AGAGAGACCGAAACACAGACAGAGGCAGAGAGCUGCAGGACGAAGAGUGAGACGGUAGAAAUAUAUAAAGAGAGAGAGACAGGAAGAAGAGAGAGAGACAGAUAGAUAAUAUGAAGAUUCAACUGUCGCUCUGAUCUGACUUGUACUCUACCAGCUGUCUGUCUGUCUGACCACCUGCAGACAUGUCCUCCCGGGCUGAUAGCAAGACAGCCUCCCAGUUUGUGUCUCUGACAAUGAAGCUGAAGGAUAAGCUCCACCCACGGGUCAAACGCUCUGAACGAAUCAAACAAACGUCACAGAGACUCAAACCACCUGACCUGAACCUGCAGGAACACACACUGCAACACAAG